AUGGAGGUCAUCAAUGAACGCAGCAUCUACCAAUGGUGUAUGGACCAUAAGGUUAAUGUACAAUGCAGUCUGAGUAUGGUAGGAGAUUUGUCAGGUAUUACUGAUGAUGAGGUGAUUACAGAAGCUCAGAAAUUGUGUGGUGUAAGGGUCCCCUUAUUGGUGGACAAGUGGAAGGGAGCGACCGGCGAAAUUAGAGCGAUACUCAUAACGACACAGGAUUGUUUGGACUCCUCCCUAAUACCUAUUAACGUAUUAGUAGGAGGAGUUGCGGGUCGAAGAUGUCAGAUAAUUUGGCCUAGAAGUAGUGAAGAGAAUGACGGGGAGGCUACAGAAGCUGUGGAGAAUAGAGAAGAGACAGAUCAUCAGGGGAGAGAUGCACCUGGCACCAGUGAUAACUCUCUGCCCAAACCAUCAUUAGGUGAAUCUAUUAAACCCCAAGUUGAAUCCGUCAUGGAUAAAGUGGUGAGUCAAUUUGAGCGGUGGCACUACGAAGGAGGAUACCGACGACUACGAGUAUUCUCGGGCACAAUACCUAUCCCCACUGGGGAAGAAGGUUACGAAGCAUGGCGUGAAGCUGCCAUACAACAUUCAGAGGAAUGGCGGUGCCCCGAGUAUAUAAAAAAACAAAGGAUUGUUGAAAGCCUAAGGGGUCCCGCCAUGGGGAUUAUACAGGCUACCCGACGUAGCAAUACCAACGCCACACUGAAGGAUUACUUCAAUGCAUUAGACUAUUCCUUUGGGACAAUUGAAGACAUAGGAGAUAUAUUGGCUCGUCUAAAUCAUACUUACCAAGAACCAUCAGAACCUCUCACAAAUUUCAUAUACCGGUUGGUCAAAAUAUUGUAUAAACUUCUAGAUAAAGGGGGGAUUGAACAGUUGGAAAUCGAUGAAAGGCGACUUAAGCACUUAUUGAGAGGGGCACUGACAUCUAGUCCCGUAGCUCAGAGACUUAGAUGUAGUGGGACUCGAGCUCGGCCACCAAUGUUGAGUGAAUUAAUCAAGGAUGUGAAAUUAGAAGAAGUUCAAAUUGACAACAGGGAAAAAAGUAUCAAGAGAGUAAAGGUAGUAGUGCCAGCUGCUGUGUCACCAAAUACCGAUGCCACCUCACCAAAUGAUCGACUGUUUAAACUUUUAGAAGAACAAAAUAAAAAACUGGAUCAACUGAUAACAGUACAUAACAGUGUUCAGUUCCCAGUGAACCGAGUGAGAGGAAGAGGACCAACUCGACGAGUGGAUAAUCGAGACCACAUAAUCUGCUAUAGGUGUGGCCAAAUGGGACAUAGAUCGUUUGAAUGCCCACAAACUGGGAGCUAUGGAAGGAACUCCAAUAAUGGUGGAAAUAGGAAUACUAUUCCCUCGGAAAACCAGGAAGGGACGUUGAUGAACCCCGCAUCAACUCCCGAGCCAUAG